AUGAGUCAGUCCUGGCUCAUCAGAAAGAGGGAGUUCAUAUCUUACUGCUGGCUUUUCAACAUUGUUUAUAUUCAUUCUUUUGACUGCUCUUUGCAGAUGUCACCUAGCAAAAAAUUCUACUACGAAAUAUUUUUAAUUCUAUUCUGUGUACUGCCUGUGACAUCUUCUUUGUUUGUUUCUAUAUAUUUGUUCAAUUUGACACGCCAGAAACGAAAUGCAGAGAGCGGAGGAGACACAUCAGCUUUCAAAAACAAGGUGAAAUCACUAGUGUUCAUAUUUGCCACUACAGUGUGGACAUCGUGCAGUUUGCUACCUUACCGAAUCAUGAAUCUUGCAAGGAUCCACCUUUUCACAUGGUCAGAGCUUUCCUGCGAAGGAAAGCAGAUGAUGAACUGGGUUGCUUGGAUAUUGAUAUACCUUCUGACGAUUAAUCCUAUAGUCAACCCAUUAAUUACAUCACUUAUCUAUGCACCAUAUCGCACAACAAUAAAGAAGUUUCUCGUAAACAUUCCAGUCGGUAACCGACCAUUCUAUAGCUAUCAAGGAGAACAUUUGCAUCAGGAUUGUAGGCUAACGAAACCAUCACUAAGAACUUUACCAACAACAAUUGAUGCAGCUGGACCGAGCAUUAAAGUUCAAACGCCUCAAAUAUGCAAAAUGACAAGGAAGUUUGCAAUCAUAGCCGCUUGCACGGAACUAUACGAAUAUGUAAUAGUUCAGAGCAUGAUCACAGUAACGAAGAGAAAGGAAACUAGAACUGGCAGCUCAUAUUCAAAAACACUUGCAGAUCUAGAAGCUAGGACAGGAGGACCUCGACAUCUGGUUAACUACACUUUUAUCAACUUGAUCAGCCUUACCCCAGUUGAUUUUCUUGGAGCUGUUCGAGCGAGCACCGGAAAUCCUUCCAUUUGUCGCGAUCGCGUGCCAGAUUUUGCAUCUCUACGAAGAAAUCGAGACCGGCGUUCCUCUUCAGCCGAAUCUGCAAUUCUUCGUCAAUCGACAGAAGUGGUACAGAUAUCAAUGGGAGAGUCCUGCAUUCCGUCAAACAGCCCUGCAAAAGAUUUUCUGGAGAAGUAG